GUUGUAUAAAUCGGCGGUGGAAGACGCUCCUAGUUCGAAAAGUCAUCACGGCUCAACACCGACAAGUGAGUUGUCUCUCCUAUCAAACUGAAUCGCCAGCUUUUCCACGGCCUUGUCCUUAUCCGGCCUCUGAAAACCCCUAAGCUCCAAAGACACUCUCGGCCCCCCUUUCUCGCCAGAGAUGUGAGUUCGAGAUGGGACCCAUUUGGCAAUGUAUGCUUACCCCCUUGCCUUCUUCUCCUAGGUCGAGUGCGGACAACGGAAACGAGGACGACCAGCUCGUGAUCGAGGAGGAGGAAGAGCUACCUCCACCGCCGCCAACGCCCCCCGGCGUCGAGAGUCUUCUCGCUUGCUGCCAAUGUGGCACCCACGUCAACACGGCACUGAGCACUCGCUGCGUUGAUUGCGAGCAUGACACGGAUGGGUGCGAGGAUUGCAAGCCGGCCGAGUAGAGGGAGGAGAUGAGGUAGUAGUUUCAGGGGGUUGGUUGAGGGAGGCAGGUGUGGAUUAGAUAGACACUUGUGAGGUGGACCGGAAGGGGUUCGGGGGCAGCUUAGAGUUGGACUUUCGUUACACCAUAGAGAAGGAGAUGUUUCAGUACCUAUUCUUGC